ACUCCGUUGUUGAUAUCUAUCUUCACAUUUUCCGGCGAAACCCCUAUAUACAUUCUGUCUUUCAAUCGGCAUCUUACUCAUCGGCAUUAUAUACAUACAGAAAGGUGACCAUGCCUCCUCGAAAUCGGAGGGCGAAGAAAUUGACUCCGAAAUCGAAGAAACUAGCGGACAUUGAUUCGACUUCUCUCGCCGCCGCCGACGACGACAUCACUAUGGCCGAACCGGAAAACAAAGAUCAAGGACCACCACUGGAAGAGACUUUUAGUCCUCAAGAAGAAAAUGUAUUGGCCGAAGCGAAGAUUAAGGAUUCUUAUAAGGUGGAACAUCCUGUGAUUGCAGCCGAGAAGGAAAUUAAACAAGAAGAUGAUGAUGUUCUUGCUGAAGAGCUUAUCACUCAUAACGAACGAGAUGUAAUGGCUGAAGCGGAGAUUAGGGGCUCUGAUGAGGUGGUACAGCCUGUGAUUGAAGAAGAGAAGGGAAUUAAACAAGAAUAUGAAGUUCUGGCUGAAUCGACUAUCACACCUCAAGAAGGUAAUCUAUUGGCUGAAAGGAAGAGCAGGGAUUCUGAUGAGGUGCUUCAGCCUUUGAUUGCAGCAGAGAAGGAAAUUAAACAAGAAAUUGAGGUUCUGGACGCAAAUUUAAUGUCAAUUGAGGGUUUGGCUGGUGGCGCUCAUGAUAAGGCUGUGGAGAAAGUGAAGCCUCAAGAGGGAGAAGUUGGUGAUGUUGUAGUGGAAGAUGAUGUGAAUGCAGAGAAUAGGGUUGUUGUUGAGGGCCUUGGUAUUGUGAAAGAGGAAAGAGAAAGGAUGGAGGGUGUGGGUGAUAAGAGUGAUAAUGUGAAUGCGCUGGAGAUGUUAGGGAGGGGUACCAAUGUAGCUGAAGAAAAGGGAGUGGAGAGGGAACUAAACGAGGAGGGUGGAAGCGUAGCCAAUGAUGGCGCUCAAUUGGGGAUUAUUCCAGUUGCUGAACAGAACUACGCUGAAGAAGACACUGCUGCUGCCCAAAUUAAUGUCGCUAAGGCACCCAUGGGUGGUCUUGCUGUCGAUGAAGCUCAUACUGGGAAAAGAGAUGAAGAGGGCAGUGAUGGUGAUGAGAAAAAUAGUGAGGACAGCGAAGAUGAUAAUGAAGGCAGUGAUGAGGCAGACCCCACUGUGUUUAUGCAUGAUCCGCUUACUGUGAGGAAGAAACAUAGGAGUUUAGAAAUUUAUGUUGGAAGACUGGAUAAAGGGGCUGUUGAGGAGGAUCUGAAAAAUGUCUUUGGGAAGUUUGGGGAAAUCAAAGACGUAAGGAUAGUAAGGAAUUCAACUACAAAUAAGAGCAAAGGUUUUGCAUUUGUUCGAUAUGCAACUGUUGAGCAAGCCAAAAAUGCUCUCACCGAGUUGAAGGAUGGAAUUGAGGUAAGGGGCAAACAUGUUAAGAUAUCAGCAAGCCAGGACAAUGAUACACUUUAUGUGGGCAACAUUUGCAAAAAAUGGAAAAAAGAGGAUGUAUUCGAAAAAUUUAAAAGCUAUGGAAUUGAGCAUAUCGAGGAGCUACAUUUGCCAGAUGGUCCCAAGAAUGGAGGGAGGAUUAAAGGUUAUGCACUUCUGGAGUUCAACACCCAUUCUGAUGCAAUGGUAGCAUUUCAUCGACUUAGAAAACCAGAUGCUGUUUUUGGCCACAAUAGAAGUGCCAAGGUUGCUUUUACACGAGCCUCUAUGCACCCAAAUGAGGAAGUGUUAUCACAGGUUAAAUCCGUAUAUAUAGAAGGGCUGACGGACGCUUGGAAUGAAGAUAAGGUGAAGGAGAUCUGUAAACAAUACGGCGACGUUACUGAAAUUAAGUUAUCUCAAAAUUUAGGCACCAAACGUAAAGAUUUUGGGUUUAUUACUUUUACUUCUCGAGGAAGUGCUUUAGCUUGUGUGGAGGGGAUCAAUAAUGCUAAUAUUGGAGAAGAAUUGAAGGUUAAAGCCAGCAUGGCAAAGCCACAUUCUAAGGGUCGACUGCAAAAGCAAGGAUUUCGUGGGGGAUUCCAGGUUAAGAGAAAGAGUAAAGUUCCUUCUCCCGAAAAGGAGAGUGACAGGGAUGGGGCCAAUGGGCAAGCUGGAUUGUCGCAGAUGACUGGUCAUGGAAAAUCUAAUCAGCCAAAAAGAAAGCAACAGGCAAUAGCUGUAGAAAAGGGGAAGUCUCUCUCUGAGUUGAAAACUGCUGAAGGGGGCAAGCCUAAUAAACCCCACAGCAUCACUGAAGGUCAAAGGAUUGGAGCACCAUCCAAGUUGGAAAAAACUAAUCGCAAAAGAAAGAGUUUACCUUCAGAAGGCCAGAAUCAUGGCAGUGGAAGGCCAUCAAAGAAAUCAAAAGGCAAUAGACAUGGAAGGCAAAAUGAGAUGUCCAAAACGCCAAAGAGAGGCAAUCAUGUGGGAAAAAGACCAGAGUAUGCUGCAUUCACAGGUUAUUCUCAGGGUCAUACCUACAGCGCAGUUUCAGCAUCAAAGAGGCACUGCACAGAUAUGGAGCCCCAUGCUGGAUAUAUUGAACCUGUUGCUGGGAAGCAUGGGGGACGUCGUGUAGGAUACCCCGAACCCUCUCAUGCAAAAUACUUUGAACCUGCUGGUGGAGCACACAACCAGCCUCAUGCAGGAUACCUUCAACCUGCUGUUGGAGCACGAGGCCGAGCUCAUGCGGGAUAUUUUGAACGAACUGUUCCGAUUCAAGUCCAAAUUUAUGGUGGAUACCUUGAACCUGCUGUUGUAACACGAGGGCAGCCACAUACUGCGUACCUUCAACCUGCAGUUGGAAACCAUGCUCACCAUUUAUAUGACCCUGGGUUGAGAAGAGCUGUUGGACAUGAUGGCCAAGGCAGCCAUGGUUCUGGUGUCAGGAGAGUCAGUCCAGCUGGUCGGCCUGCCUAUACUCAUACAACCUACACGAGCUAUACUGGUUAUCAGGAUGGUGCUCAUGGUGGUGGUUAUCAUCAAAGCAGUGGAGUAUUUCUCCCUCGAAGAGUAUAUCACUAGACAAUUGAUGGAGAGAGUUAGCUUCCGAGGAUGAAUCUAUGCAUAUUCUUCAGACGGUUGACCCCGGCCGCCCAGGGAAGGGGGGGGGGGGGGGGG